GAUGCUGCUGCCCAGGUGGUUGCUGGGUCUGUGUUUGUGGUGGCUGAGUGUUGCAGAAGUAUGGAGCGCUACCUUCAAGUUGGCACUCAUUGGUCCCUGGUCCUGCGAUCCGAUGUUCUCCAGGGCAAUGCCAACAGCGGCGGCCAACUUGGCGCUCUCAAGGUUACGAGUUGACCGCAGCCUAAGCCGGGGCUAUUGGUAUGAUGUCAAACUGUUGGAUGAGGAAUGUUCCACUUCUAAAGCUUUAAUAGAACUCGGUGACAUGGAAGGUUACGGUCACGCCUACGUGGGACCUUUUAAUCCUGCCCUAUGCCACGCUGCCUCUUUAUUGGCUCAACACUGGGAGGCGGGGCUUGCGUCGCCCGGCUGCCUGGAUGCCGACUGGCCCAACCUGCCACCCAUCCCUCGCCCCAGCGCGGUCCUGUUCGCCGUGCUCCGGUUCUUCCACUGGGCGCACGUUGGCGUCAUCUCGGCUCCCGUUGACAUUUGGAGGAGCACCGGAGAAGGAGUUGCCGCCUCACUCAGGGCUCUCGGCCUACCGGUGGGCCCCGUUGUCACCAUGGAAACUAACGCCAAGGAGGGUGCUCGGGAUGCACUUCAAGCAAUCCGAAAUGCGGACAAGGUCAAAGUUGUGAUCUUGUGCAUGACGUCUGUCCUCAUUGGUGGGGAGGAUCAGCGAAAGGUCCUCUUGGCCGCUCUGGACAUGGGCAUGGUGUCUGCCGGCUACGUCUUUAUUCCAUAUGACGCCCUGUUGUACGCGCUGCCCUACCAGGAGACAACCUUCCCCCAGCUGACCAACAGCACCCAACUUCGUCAUGCCUACAGCGCCGUUCUGACUGUCACCAUGGCGUCGGAUCAGAAUUUCUACAAAGCAUUUCGCCAGGCCCAAAUGAACAGAGAGAUCCGAUCGGCCGUGGCAGCUACAGAGGUGUCUCCGCUUUUCGGAACCAUCUUCAACAUGGUUUACUUCGUGGCCAAGGCCGUGGAGGAACGUCGUCAGGCGGGCGGCGGGCGAUGGGUGACGGGCGGUCAGUUGGCCCGCUCGGACGGGGGAUUCGACUUUCAGGGAUUCAACCAGGUGUUGUACGGCGGCAGCGACGGCCUCGGGAUGCAGGCGGGCUACGUGGUGCUGGACUGCAACGGCGACAAACUUAUGCCCACGCACACGCUCGCUCCAAAGUCCACCAUCGGGCCGGUCGGAACUCUCUUGCCGCUGAGGCGCUCCUUCAGCUUCCCAGGAGGGAGACCGCCCAGCGCCAGCUUCUGUUGGUUCGAUCCUGAUGAGGCUUGCAAAGGUGCGCUGGACGCUGUGACGGGAUUCUUUCUCUUAAUUGUCUGCGUUCUGCUUGGAGCCAUUUUCUUUUGGUUCAGGAAAUGGAGGGGAGCGGAGAACACCUCCAAACUCAUUCUGACGCUGGAUGACAUAGUCUUCAUCGACACUCAAGUCAGCAGAAAGAAGCUAAACGACGAAUCGAUCAUGAGGAGUCUUCUGGAAAUCAAAACGCCGUUCCGCUCCAUCGCCAGAAGUUACAUACUGACCACACCCGAGAGCUCCAAUAUCGGAAUCCUGGAGGGAGACUGGGUUUGGCUCAAGAAGUUCCCGGUGACGGGGACCACGACAGCUGUCAGUCAACGCACACAGAGGCUUUUCACCCAGUUAAGGGACAUGAGACACGAAAACCUGAAUCUCUACUUGGGCCUCUUUGUGGACUCGGGAAUCUUUGCCAUCGUGGUGGAGCACUGUCCUCGCGGCAGCCUGGCGGACCUUUUAGCCGACGGUGACAUGAGGUUGGAUUGGAUGUUCAAGUCGUCCCUCCUGAUGGACCUCAUCAAGGGGAUGAAGCAUCUUCAUCUGCGGGGUUUAAGUCACGGACGUCUCAAAUCCACAAACUGUCUGGUUGACGGGCGUUUUGUGUUGAAGAUCACGGAUUACGGAAUUCCAAUGAUCCUUCAGUCGGAGAGCCUCAACACUGUUGAAGACUCGCAGGAACUGUUGUGGACGGCACCUGAGCUCUUGAGGUGUCCCGUCAGAGGAGGCACCAUGGCCGGGGACGUGUUCAGCUUCUCCAUCAUCAUACAAGAAGUCAUAUCGCGAACUCCCCCCUACGCCAUGAUGGACAUGCCUGCCCUUGACAUCGUGGAGCGGUUGAAGCAACCGCCGCCUCUCUGCCGGCCCGUCAUUUCUGUGGACGAAGCGCCGGCCGAAUGUCUCACGCUGAUGAACGAAUGUUGGAACGAAGACCCAGCCAAGAGGCCGAACUUUGAUGAGAUCUUCAAGCAGUUUCGGGGCAUCAACAGAGGGAAGAAAGCGAACAUCAUUGACUCCAUGCUUCGGAUGCUGGAGCAAUACAGUUCCAACCUGGAAGAUCUGAUCCGAGAAAGAACCGAUGAACUGGAGGUGGAGAGAAACAAGACGGAUAAGCUAGUGGGACAACUGCUGCCCAAGUCGGUGGCUCAGUCUCUGAAGAAAGGGAAGCCGGUUCGACCGGAGCAUUACUCGGACUGCACUCUCUACUUCAGUGACAUCGUCGGAUUCACGACCAUCUCGGCUCUCAGCGAACCCAUCGAGGUGGUGGACCUGCUCAAUGACCUCUAUACCAUGUUUGAUGCCAUCAUCGCGUCUCAUGAUGUCUACAAGGUGGAAACGAUCGGCGACGCCUACAUGGUGGCGUCCGGCGUUCCCAACCGGAACGGCAAUCAACACGCAGCCGAGGUGUCCAACAUGUCGCUGGACAUCUUGCACUCCAUCGGAACGUUUAAGAUCAAGCACAUGCCUGAGAUUAAAGUCAAGAUAAGAAUUGGACUCCACUCUGGUGCAGUUGUAGCAGGCGUGGUGGGUCUCACCAUGCCCAGGUACUGCCUGUUCGGCGAUACUGUGACCACCGCUUCACAGAUGGAAGCCUCCGGACUUCCAUACAGAAUCCACAUCAGUCUGAGCACGGUCAAGGUCCUGACAAGCCUCAAACUGGGUUACCACAUGGAAACCAGAAAAGCUCAGGUGAAAGGUUCCGAGGACACAUUUUGGCUGGUGGGACGUGACGGUUUCAGUAAACCUCUGCCUGUUCCUCCGGACCUCCAGGGGGGGGCCAGUAACCAUGGAAUCAGCCUCGAUGAAAUCCCGGUCGAGAGAAGACAGAAGUUUCUGGACCGACAGAAGAAAAUAAAGAAAUAGACAUUGCCAAUGGGUGCACACAUUCGAGAACUCGCACACACACGCGCACACGCGCGCACACGCGCACACACACACACACAUGCACACACACACUACCUCUGAGUCUGCUUUUGAAUAAUUUAGUGUAAAUAAAGAAAAAUGUGUUUUU